CCAAUGAUUUAAAGUAGGGAGAGCAGCCAGCCAGAGCGGUAUGACACUUCUUCAUUCUGCCGCACACGCCGGUGCAUGGCCGCAACACUGAAAGAGAGAGGAGGGAAUCCCCGGGUGUCGCCUCUCUCCUGAGCGACUCCCAUUCUCACAUAGCUAAACUCGACAGUCGGAUGCUCGACAGUUUACGCUACAAGCAAGCAUGGCUCGGACUGAAGUUUAGUAAAACGACAGGUCACGAAGAGUCAAGACUGGAGCCAUAUUCUCUCUCCUUACCGCCUUCAUUCUUUUCGAAAAUCGUACUGGAAAGAAAAUAGGUUUUCAUUUAUGAGGCAACCACCCAAUGAUUUAGAUAUGGCACUGAGCGGGACGCUUUUGCCAUCCAUAUCCACAUUUGCCAGCGGUGCCGCUGUCAAGAACAAACCAGCGGGACCGGCCAAUAUACGCUGGAAAGAGGAGCUGUCCCACUUAAAGAGACCGAGCUGGCCAACAGGUGGGAGCCACCCUGACCAGGAAAUCCCUUUCAGAAUGGCUAAGAUCGAGCCAGAAGACCUAGACUUGCUGGAUUAUGACUUCAUCCUGUCAAACACUAUGCUCCAGCAACAGCAGCAGCAGCAGCAGCAGCAGCAGCAGCAGCAACAGGAGGCCAUGACGAGUGGUUCCAGAACUAUGUCAUCUUCUCCUGGAUAUAGUUCCUACCAGCUCCCCUCUCCUGGGGGCAAUACUAGUGAUCUGCUGUACAUUCCAGAUAUCACUGAUGUCUCUCCCUCUGGGGGCUUUGUGGCGGAGCUCAUGAGGCCAGAACUAGACCCCGCUUAUCUGCAGCCUACCCCCAGCCUCCAUGGGAAGUUUGUGGUGAAAACGACGAUGGAUAUGGGAGACUAUAAUCAGAAUGUCAAUGUCAGCAAAGCCGCUGGCGUGUCUGACUCCUCCCUGGCCUUCGUUUGCCAUCGAAUUAAGCAGGAGAGCCCCAGCACAUGCACCAUCUCACGGCCCAUUGACAUCCACCUGGGGGUCAGCUCUAGACAUGGGGCCAGCCAACGGGCCCCUGGACUUGACUCCCAUGCAUUCCCUGGAGGGCACCCCUUGGCCAACAGAAGCUCUUCUGCCUCCCUCUCCCCAGACGACCACCACCCCUCCACUCAGGUCUUAGGACGACCACAGGUGCCUCUGUCCCAGGGAUACCACCCCUCAUCGGGCUUCUCUCCUUUUCCCCAGCCUCCAUCCCUACAGUACCAAGAGCUCAUGUCUCCAGCUGAGUGCUUGCCUGAAGAGCCUAAGCCCAAACGUGGCCGGCGCUCCUGGCCCAGGAAAAGGAUCGCCACACACACCUGUGACUAUGCAGGCUGUGGCAAAACCUACACAAAAAGCUCACAUCUGAAGGCACAUCACAGAACACAUACUGGAGAGAAGCCUUAUCAUUGCGACUGGGAAGGCUGUGGCUGGAAGUUUGCCCGCUCUGAUGAACUCACACGGCACUAUAGGAAGCAUACGGGCCACCGACCCUUUCAGUGUCAGAAAUGUGACCGGGCUUUCUCGCGCUCUGACCAUCUCGCACUACACAUGAAAAGACACUUAUGAGCUCACUGGAAACCCCAAACUGAAAUCACAACGAGCUCAUGUGGCUCCUAAGACAUGCAUUGCCUUUCAGAUGCUCACUGAAAUUGUAUGACAAGCUGUGUUGUCCACGGCUAAUAGUAGCCCAUUAGGGCUUGCAGAUGUAUUUUUAUGGUGUUUUGUUGUCUUCCAAUGGCUGGUUAUACUUGGAGACCUUUCAUGUUUUCUUCUGUUCCUGGGGAUGGAACUGGAAUUCAACUCUUUCACAACAUUGACAAAACUUGGAGGACCAGGUGCCAAAGUAUGACUGGAAAUAUAUGAAUAUCAGGGAUGUUGAAAAACAGACAGAAUUAUAUAUGUAAAACAGAGGCCUUCAGAGACAUUCCAUUUGUAUUUACAAAUACACACUGUUCAACCUACUGUCUAAUAAAUCUAUUUUUAUAUUAAUUUUGCAAGCCAUUAAUUUCAGGUACAUUUAAUGUCUAUCUGUCAGAGGAUGGUGCUCAGUGACUCAACAGUGUUUUAAAAGGUACCAAAGAGGAAAAUAGAUUUGAGACAAAAUGUCAGAAGUGCCAUGUAAUUAAUUAUCUGUGCAUUUCCUGGAGUUGAUCUAUCUUCCACAUCUUGCUUUCAAUCAGGUGAUUAUAAGGUGUCUGGAUGGUGAUGGCAAUCUGAGCUGCACUGUGGCUGAAAAGUGCAAUACUUUUGAUAACGAUUACAUGCAUAUUUUUGUAAAAAAAAAAGAAAGAAA